AUGGCAUUAAAGGGUACACAAGUCCAUAUUUGGAAAUUCUAUGGAAUUCACAUGUUCAAAAGUUUAAUGAUAGGCAUAUGGUGGUAUAUCAAUUUGCAUGACGACAUCAAAGACCACGAAAUCGCUAUAAAGAGUAGUUUCCUCAUGACAACGAUGAACAUAUAUGGUAUGUGUUUCAUCGUGCAUGCGCUGCUUCACAGGAAUGUAUUCCAGAUGUAUUUGUACACAUAUAUCUUAGGAAUUGAAUGUCUCCUACCUGUGAGCAAUAUCGUCUUAUUUCUGGCGAACAAGAAAAUUUACGAAAGCAUAUUUAGCACAGCGAUGGUGUUGUGCAAUUUAGGCGAAAUAUUGUACAAUGUGCAUGUCUUCAGAGCCGCUGAAUGCGAAUUCUUUUGGUACUGCUCUAAACGAACGGGACUAGACAUACAUAUGAAAGGUAAGUCAUUUGUUUAA